AUGGCUCCGUCCACAGGCGCGCGCAAGACUCUCUCAACAUAUCUACCCUCCAUCACAUCUGACUGCAAUUGUUUCUCCUCAACGCAUGAGCGGGAAAAAGAAGGUAGUGAUGCUAUCGACGUCGGCCGCCUAGGCCAUGGACCCUUCUCAGCUCCUGUAACAUGGCAGACUGAGGAGCCAUACACACUUGCCAGGAUGCAUAGCCCACAGAGAUUCCUUGCGCGCGUCCCAGACCUCGACCCAACGAAUAUCAAAGAUGAUGAACAUAAUGUCUUGGAAGGUCUUCCCAUCAGUCAAUAUCGUGAGGCAGAAAUCACUAUUGGACCGAACUCUAGCGACAAUAAGCCCCUUGAUAAGGAUGCUUGGCCUGAACUGCCCAUGCCAAGAGACUCACAUUUGUUACCUUUCCAUUCUCAACAACUGCUCCGCGCUGCGCGCUCGGGAAGGACCGUCAAGCCGCCAGCUCCAAUAGAGGAUGAUAAUGAGAUGAAGGACGAAGAGGAAGAAAGCAAAGAAAUGCCAAUUGGAUUCACAGUCAAGAAGUAUGUCAAGGUUCCAAGGCAUCUUGAAACGCCAGAGCCCGAGUUCCUCGCGAAGAGGAGAAAAGGCUUGCCAUCACAGUAUGUAAAUGGCCAGAUUGCACCGGCUUUACGAGAGACCAAGGUCAAGAAGCUUGACGCAGAAGGAAACGUUGCUGUGUACAAGGUUCUUGUACCGGAAGGGCAGGCUGUUGAGGGGGAGGUUCAACCCACAGAUGCAGCUAUGGAAGCCGUUCCAGCAACGGCAGCGCCAGGCACGAUAGUAGAGGGAGUUGGUGUUGUAAACGCAGAGGGUGUGGUAGUCGCCAACGACAUCCUACAUCAGACGCCGCCAAGAAGACGGCCGCCGCCUCCAAAGAAAAAGAAGACGCGUGGAGGACCUGGCAGGGGCAGGAGAAAAGUGGCUUUCGCCGAAAGAUCAGGCGAAAAAGGCACUCCUUCGAACACAGGUGCUGACUUGCUUUCUACUUCUGCUCUAGCCCGUGAGGAUGGAUCGGUUGUGCCUUCUGAUGGCGGUGACACCCCAAUGGCCGAUGCUGGUGGUGAGGAUGACGAGGGUUCCGGCGAGGAAGGGUCAGAAGACGAGGAUCACGAUAUGGAGCGGAAUUCGACCCCUGUAACACCUCUACGGCUUCCAUCAGCACCUCCUACAAGCACACCGGGCCCCAAAGAUGUCGCCAUGCCAGAUGCAGCCCCCGCUGAGCCGUUGCCCAGUGCAGCAGACCCGGUACCUGCUGUUGUGGAGACCUCGGAGCCAACAGCAACAAGCGAGGCACCUGUGUUACCAGAAGCUGUGCCUGAAGUCAAGGAGGAGCCCAGCGUCAAGCGUGAUGCUUCGAGUUCACCAGAUUUGCCCCUUUCCCACAGCAGGCACAACUCGCUUCCGCAGGUCCCCACCCCUCUGCCAACCACCGAUGCCGCGGCGCCUGAGCCUACCGUCAGCGAGCCUACCGUCAGCGAACCUACCGUCAGCGAACCUACUGUCAGUGAACCCACCGUGAGCGAGCCUACCGUCAAUGAGCCUACCGUCAGUGAGCCUACCUUCAGUGAGCCUACCGUCAGUGAGCCUACCGUCAGUGAGCCUACCGUCAGUGAGCCUACCGUGAGCGAGCCUGCUGUUUCUACUGUGCAGUCCGAUUCUAUACCAGCGCCUAUGCUUGCACCAGAACCUGUGGUCGUGGGUAAUCCGGUUGCUGUGUCUGAGCCUGAAGCCACAGAAACUCCGCCUGCUAUCACCUCAGCACCACCUUCAGAGCCGGAUCUGUUGGGGAGUCUGGAGAGGCAGCUGGAGAAGGAUAGCAAGGAAAUGGCAGGAUAA